AUUCACAACAAAACUCGUCUGGCAACAAGACCAAAACUUGCGCUCAAGCAGCGAGUUGCGACUGUUGGGAAUAUCUGCCGUGCUACCUAAUCAUUGAAACUUUCGCGGACGCAUUGUUUCCGCCAGUUUACUCGUUCGCGUCGACGCUGCGUGUUUUCUCUCUGCGGACAGGGCCGAGGAGGCUGCGGUCGAUGUGGGUCCACGACUGACGCUGCCUGCCGAUAUGGCUCCCAAGUCUCGGAAAAUUGCCAUUAUGGGCUUCCGAUCCGUCGGAAAGUCGUCGCUGACGAUACAGUUCGUGGAGAACCAGUUCGUGGACUCGUACGACCCCACGAUUGAAAACACAUUUCACAAGACCGUCAAGCUUAAGGGCCAGGAGUACAAUCUCAAGCUCGUGGACACAGCUGGACAGGAUGAGUACUCCAUAUUUCCUCAGUCUUAUUCCAUGGACAUCCAUGGCUACGUGUUGGUCUACUCGAUCAAUUCUGCGAAAAGUUUUGAGGUGGUCAGGGCACUAUACGAGAAGCUCCUGGACAUGACUGGGAAAGUCCACGUCCCCAUUGUUCUUGUUGGCAACAAAGUAGACCUGAGGGUUGAAAGGGUUGUUAGCUAUGAAGAGGGGAGGCAAGCUGCUGAAUACAUGAAAGCAGCAUUCUUAGAGGCUUCUGCAAAGCAAAAUCAGAGUGUGUUUGAGAUCUUCAGCACCAUGAUACAGCAGAUUGACAGGGCCGACGGCAACGUGACCGAGAAGCAAUCCUGUGUCGUCUCCUAAUGGCUUAUCUCUGCGGAGCUUUCAUCUUCCUGGCACCCAUCAAGACUGCUUGGCAGUAUUUGGGCUGUGGACAGAAUAAAGACGCCCACUGCUCUUGCUUUUGAAGCUGCUGUGGGAUAGCCAUGUGCUGUGCCUGUUUGAGAGGGUGUGCUGCUUCUGCUGCCAAGAACGUUUUUCUUUUGUGGUUGUAGAAGAAAAAAAAAAAGGGUGGCUAUGUUGUAUUUCCAAGUAAUGUGCGCAACCACUUGCAGUGCUUGAUUUACACUUGCUUCCUCUUUUUCUCUUUUGCCAACCUUCCAACAAGCUUGGCAAGCAUUUGUAGGGCUGUAGGUCUGUGCUCUUUUCAGGAAUGCUGAGGAUUCCAAGUUUUCUUAGUGGGCAUCAAAGUGCUGUUGUAGUAGGAAAGCAUGUCGGUUGAUGUCUUACGUUAUACGCACAAUGUAUGCUGUAGGGGUUCUCCUUGUACAAUACACAGUGCUGUCAUGACCUGUCCUGUCCAAUUUUUCUUCCUUUCUAUGCCACGUUUAUUUGGAAUGUCCUUGGUGGAGCUUCGUUUGUUUGUGACACGAGCUGCCUUUGUAAGGGGCAGUGUUUUAACGCCAACAGCUGCAUCGAGACAAGUUCCCGCUUUCGUUCCCACGAUUUCUCUUUGCGGGAAAAAUUGUAAAAAUUGUACUUACUCCAUUUUUCUCUCCUUCAAGAUUUGUAUACACAAAACAGCAUUAACGUUAGCUUUUAUUAUCAUUACUGUAAGGAGGCUUAGCCAGUUAGCGAUGGCUGGGUUGUGUAAAUGACGUAAAAAAAAGUGACAGUUGUACUGCCGAAUCUGCAGAUCGCAAUAAAACUGUGAUACAGAGAAAGAAAA